GUAAUGAUUUGGCACAAGUGUUCUUCGUGGAAGGCCAGCGGUUGCUGCCAGAGUCGGACUCCCAUCCCACACCUCCUCUCUGUUUCUUCCAUCUUUCCUCGGGAUUCCUUCAAAUCUUAAGCGAAGAUCGCUUUUUUUGAUCUGGUCUCUGCUUGGAACCCAUAAAGCUAGGGUUUUUACGAGCGCCAGCUAGGGUUUCCACGGUUGAUCACCCCACCCACCCCUCUGCCCGAUUCUUCCUUCCAAUUCUCCUCUUCUUGGCUGCGAUUUCGGUUCCUUCUGGGGGUUUGCUCGAUGGCUUUUCACCAUCCGGGGCCUGGGUCGGCCUCCGGAUCGGCCUCGAGCUCCAGCUCCGGGUUCCACUUCCUAAAUUCCCCUUUCGGGGACACGACGUUGACGAAGGUCUUCGUCGGGGGCCUCGCGUGGGAGACCAAGAGCGAGACGCUGCGCCGCCACUUCGAGCAGUUCGGAGAGAUCCUCGAGGCCGUGGUGAUCACGGACAAGAACACCGGGCGGUCCAAAGGUUAUGGAUUCGUUACUUUUCGACAAUCGGAAUCUGCAAAGAGGGCAUGUGUUGACCCGAGCCCUGUUAUCGAUGGCCGGCGGGCGAACUGCAACUUGGCUUCACUUGGGCGGCCUCGCCCUGCUCUACAGUUUGGUGUUUCUAAGAGGGCUUCAGACAUGAUGUGGUCAAGCAUGUUAUUUUUGCGCCCAAGGUCAGCAGGCCCCAACAUUGGAGGUGUGUUGGUUCCACGAGGGCCAUAUGUCGGAAGUCCUGCUCAUCAAUCAUCAGUUCCUUUUGGCUACCAACAAGGGUUUCCUUAUCCACCAUAUAGUUACAAUCCAUAUGGGCCGGAGUACAUCUUUCCACAGAAUAUAUACAACCCUUACAUGGGGCACCAUUACUUUCAAGUUUAUGGGUUUCCAGGAGCUGUAAAUACAGCUGUUUACCCAUUUGGUCAAUUUGGUCAACCUAUGUCUGGUGGGCCUGGUUAUAUGGCAGUUCAGGGCUACACAAUGCCAUCUAAUCAGAUUGUGCAAUUGAGUGGACCAAAUGUCAAUGGAAUGGCAAGUGCUCCUCGACCUGUGAUUCAAGCACCCUAUCCAGCUGGAUUAGCAACCCCUGUUCCUGCCCAGCCACACUUCAUAGUACCUGCUCAUUCACCACAGUUUGUGCAGGGCAGCGGCUCAGAUCAAACAACAGUUUGAGGUGAUCAUCAUUAUGUCAUCUUGAGGUACCCUUAGAUUGCAGCAGGACUAAGAAAAGCAGUACUGCUACAUUAGUGGCACGCAUUCUUGCCUUGCAAGCUAUCAUCUUUGCAUUCUAGAGGUCAUCCUUGUCAUGGUCAGUCGCAGAAGAAGUCAUCAAGUUGCUCCGACGGAGGGAGCUGGAAGCACAAGAGCGUGGACUGCUCUUUGUUGCACUGUUUGUAAAUUAUCUUGCCCUGCUGGAAGUUGUGAUGGCAAGUAGAGGAAGAACAGGUGGAUGCCUGGACCAAGCAUCCAACAUUAGGUGAUGGAUCUCGGGGUUGGAGUCAGAGUUGGAGUCUGAUGAUCCAAGAGGGAAGCCUUGGUGUGUCGAGGGAUCCAAGUGAUUCAAAGACGAAUCUAGGUGGUAGAAAUCGCUGUUCCCAUGUCAUGUGAGAGAUUCAUCUUCUUUGGUGUAAUGAAUAGUGCACUUGUAGAUUCAUAACACCAGUUCCUUAUGGAGUCUUUCAUUAGGUAGAUCUAAUGCCAUUAAACGAGAUGGCCACGUCAACAAACAGUCUCGGAGGUGGCAUGGAGACCAUCCCUUUAUUUUCGUGUUAACAUUCAUGAUUGUAUCAGAGUGGAUUCUGUAGUGCUUCACUGA